CAUUUUCCACACCAUAGAACAAGAAAAGUAUAUGCACAUUUUCCAAUGUAUUCUUGACUGAUACAACACAGUUGAGCCUGAGCAAUGAUGCCCUUUCUCCUAUAAAAAGGGGCAAAUUGUGUAAGGCUUUGCAGAGUCUUGUUAUUGGUCUUUAAGAAAUGUGUAUAAUUUUCUAUUAGCAAUUUCCCAAGCCUCCCAUUUCUUGUUUCUCUGUAAGCAUUUGGCCAUGGAGAAGAACUGUGGGAGGAAUCUUUUGACAGCAUUAGCAGUUUGCUUUUGCUUCACCGUUGUGAAUGUGAAUGGAGGGCAUAUAAAGUUGAAGGAGAAGGUGACCCAUUUGGAGUUCUAUAUGCAUGACAUUGUCAUAGGAAAGAAUGUCACAGCAGUUCAGGUGGUACCAGAGAAGCCUGUGAAUUUUUCUUCAGGGGUCCCUGCUUUUGGGUCAGUGUUUGUGAUGGAUGACCCACUAACUGAAACGGCAGAGAGGGAGUCCAGGGUGGUGGGCAGAGCACAGGGUCUGUAUUCCCUAGCUUCACAGGGAGAAUUCAGUCUGUUUAUGGCUCUCACUUAUUCCAUGGAGACUGGGAAGUACAAAGGCAGCUCUAUUAGUGUUGUGGGGAAGAAUAUGAUCUUGAAUGGGCAGAGGGAGUUUCCAAUUGUGGGAGGAAGUGGGCACUUUCGUAUGGCAAGGGGCUAUGCAUUUGCUCACACCUAUUCCAUUGAUGGUCCCAAUGCAGUUAUUGGGUAUAAUGUCACAGUUUUCCAUUAUGGGCAUUAGGUCUAUUGGGACAUGUUUUUGCAAGUUUUGAACAUUGUUAUAUUGGAUUGGGAGCAUUAGAUUUUCAGAGUCUAUUUAUUUGAUUUAUCAAGUUUUGUUUGGAUAUCGUGUAAAAGUUUUUGUGUUGUGAAUAAGAUGAGUUUCAAUUAGUAUGA